GAUCUUUGGAAUUCAACUCAAUCCAGUUUUCACUUCACUGUCUGUAAAUUUGGAUAUUGUUCCAAAAACAUGGGAGAAUCUGCUUGUCUCAUGCAGCCAUUCUCAUAUGCAGCUCCAGAGGGAGAUUCUCUUGGUUUUUUAGGACAGUCUGUGUCCUUUGGGAGAUUCAUGUCGGAGAAACUCGAUUGGGAAAAAUGGUCAGCUUUCUCAACACAGAACCGUUAUGUGGCGGAGGCAGAGAGAUACUCGAGGCCAGGAUCAGUGGCUCAGAAGAAAGCCUUCUUUGAGGCUCACUACAAGAAACUCGCUGCUGCAAGAAAAGCUGCUGCAGAAGAGGCACUGUUGCUUCAACAGAAAAACCCUAAAAUCGAACCAGAGAAGCUCCCUGUUCAAGAAGAUAUCAAUGGAGGAGGAAAGAUAGAUGGGUUGGUGUCAAAACCGGAUCUUGAGAUUCCAAGAGGAUCUCUAGAUGCUGAAAUGAAAUUACUUGCAGAAAAAGUAAGCAGAUUUGGUAAUAGAAAAUCUGAUGAGAAAGAGAAUCGUGGGAACGCGGAGUCAGAGAUCAAUGGCAAAGAUUCUACAGUUAAAGAAGAGCCAGUGGAGAAGACGCCUAUGAUACUAAAGAAGAAACUCAAAGAUGCACAACCAAAGAGCAGUGCCAAACCAAGAGUCUCUAAGUUCAAUUCAUCGGAGAGGACUCCAAGUCAAAAGCCUUGCAACAAGAGCAACUCUUACACUUUCACACCUGCAAAAGAGUUCAAUAGAUUAGUGUCUAUCAUAAGGAAGAUUGAUGGGUCAAGAACUUCUUCCAAACCAACCAAAGACUGCAAAACUCCUCUCCGGACACCAUCGAGAAAGGUGUCUGCAAAGGGAAUUGUCGAGGACUCUUUGUCCACACCUUUAUCGAGUAACAGAAGAGGGAAAAUGGCUCCUAAUUCUUCUGCCAAGACAGGUCGAGGAAGAUGGAACUUCCUCCCAGCGGAGACACCGAGCUGUUUCACACCGUUUGGCUUAAGAACAGAGGAGAGAGCAGAGAGAAGAAAAAAGGCAAGAGGAGCUUCAACAGAUAGAGACACUUUGAAGCUAGAGGACAAAUUCAAAGCCAUGGAGGCACAGAACCAGAAGCCGGAGGAGAUGAGUGUGGGGAAAGAGGAGAGUAAACUACGGCAAAGGCUAUGCUUCAAGGCGAAGCCACUUCCAAAUUUCUACAAACAGAGACCUAAAUCGACAGACCAAACCAAGAAAGUAAGCUCUCUUUUCACUAAUCGGCCAAUGUAUGACCAUUGUUUCGCGUCUGUCUGA